CACCAUGGGGAUGUAUAUGGUGGUUUGUAAACCUGCUGUGUUACAAAGUCUAGGUCCAUCUCCCACAUCUGCUUCUGCUUCUCCUUCUUCUUCCUUUCCUACUCUGGUUUAUUCAUCGAAUUCAUCGGAUUCUAUACUACGAAGUAUCACAAUCGUCGUUGCCGUUAUCACAGUCAUCAUUGCCGUUAUCAUCAGAAUAGUAUCACUCACUCACCAACCUCUCAACAACCUUACACAACCACAAAUCAUGUCAUCACGCAUCACUCCCCGAGCCAUCCGCUCCCUCACCAACACCACCGCCUCCCCCGCCGUACGCAGACAAUUGGCAGCUUCAACUUCAAAAGCAGAGCAAACCACUCGCUCCUCCAGCACCACCACCACACGCCCUACCCCCUCUUCCAGCAUUCCAACCCUGAGGCCGUUGAUGCAAGGCUUCCACUCCACCACCUCCUCCCCCGCCCCCUCCGCCGCGCCCUCAAUCGAUUUCGUAUUCUUCCCCACCCAAGACGCCAUAUCCACUCCCCACGUCUCCGCCCUCCGCGUCCCCCUCCUCCCCGACAACUACACCCCCGACCGCUCUGUGGGCUCCGCACACGCACCAGAGGCAGAGGUGAUGCCCUUGGAGAGGAGUGAGAUUAGUAUUAUUGCUGCGAGGCCCGAGACGGUGGCGAGUGCGUUGACGGAGGUGGUGGGGUUGGGGAGGGAGAUGGGGUUGGGGGAGUUGACGAGGGCGUUUGGGGAGGAGGUGGCGAGGGUGGAGGGGGAGGUGGUGGGGGGGUUGAGGGGGUUGUGGGGGGAUUUGUUGGAUGAUGUUUUGGGGGAGAAGACGGUGGCUACUAUUAGGGCUACUUAG